CAGUUGUGUUUGAUAUUCACGCCGGGUAGAACAGCAGGCGCGUUUGUGAUAGAUUCGUGGCGUAAAUUAACACAUUUAGCAACAAUAACAACAACAGUAACUACACCAAAAACAAAAAGGGUGACGAACCGUUCAAGCUGAAAAUAUUUGAGCAAAAAGUAUCUCUUGUUGUUGCAAACUAAUCGGUAUUUCGCCUGCACAGUCGCCCCGCAGUUGCCACGAGCUACACACAUUAUUGUAUUAGAAACACGCACACACAAAUACGUACAUAUAUAUCUAUGUACAUGUGUACACAUACAAACAAACGCGUACAUUGGUCUUACGUAGAGAAGCACGAGCAAACAUUUUAAACUGAUAAUUAGAUAUUUGUAAACUACAGAAUCCUCGAAAACUCCAAAUCGUUAUCGAACAAAAAAUUUCGACCUCAUAGUAUGCGCCUUGGAAGGGCAACAUGGAUUUGCGAUGCUCUGAAACCUUUAUAAACGAAGCUCUGAGGAAUAGUCCACAUAUAAAAGAAAUUCUUCCACAUCAGAAAGAGAUUUAUGAAAAAGAACAACAAUAUCAGCGACAGCAGCAACAGCAACACAACUAUAUAAACAGCAACAACAGCAACUCUUCCUCUGCUUGGUCCUCCUGCUCUCCCAUAAGCUCAAGCGCCAGCAGCAACGCCAGCGGCGGUGGCGGCAGUGGCGCAACAGGUGCCGAUGGCGAUAUGGGCGUCAUUGCCUUUGCCCCACUAUUCACGGAGGUACAAAUCGAGAAAGCACAACACCAGACUUUGCUUGGCAUAAUACAGACGCAGUCAAUGCCACCACUUAUCAAAUUCGAGAGUGUUAAUAGUGCAAUCGAUGAUCCGACAUUCAAAACAGAUCGUUGCCUAGAGAUUGCACUGAAGGUUGAGGAGAAGCGUCAACCAAAUAUAAAGCCAUAUUUUAAGAGCAUUCAAAGCGAUAUAACACCGGCGAUGCGCAAAAUAGUGACCGAAUGGAUGAUGGAGGUGUGCUCGGAGGAAAAGUGCCAGGAUGAGGUUGUCUUGCUGGCCAUCAACUAUUUGGAUCGCUUUCUAUCAACAAAGUCGGUACGGAAGACUCACCUGCAAAUUUUGGCCGCUGCCUGUCUACUGCUGGCCUCCAAGCUGCGCGAGCCCAGCUGUCGAGCCCUCUCCGUGGAACUAUUGGUGUUUUACACGGACAAUAGCAUAUAUAAGGAUGACUUAAUUAAAUGGGAACUUUAUGUUCUGGGUCGUCUGGAUUGGGACCUCUCGUCGGUGACGCCCUUAGAUUUUCUAGAAUUAUUAAUAAUACGCUUACCUAUUAAAAGUAAAAAUUUUCCGGAUCUAAACGUUGAAAAAGUGCGACAACACGCACAGGCCUUUAUAUCCAUGGCAGCGAAAGAGCAUCAUUUUGCCAAAUAUUCGGCGAGCACUAUCGCCGCAUCCAGCAUUGUGGCAUCGAUGAGUGGCCUCAAAUGGCAUCUCCGUUCGGGACACAAUUUGCACUUCUUGCUGAAUCUGUUGACCGAUUUGACUAGUGUCGAUCAGGAUCAACUGCAGGAGUGUAUGUUGCAGAUGGAGACCAUCUUUGAAGAGCACAGUCGUAAGCUGCAGCCAUUUCUGGUGAACGUUGAGCAACAGCAGCAGCAACAGCAGCAGCAGCAGCAACAACAGCAGCAGCAACAGCAAGGCUAUUACCAACACCAGCCUCACCAUUUACAGCCACAGCCACAGCAGCAGCAGCAGCAACAGCAACAGCAACAACAACAACAACAACAACAACACCCGCAGCAUUGUACACGAACGGCAGCUAUGCCCGAUCUAACGCAGACAUGCAAGAUGCAGGCGCAGGCUCAGGCCGAGCUACACGACAUCAAGUUCUGAUGUGUGGAGGGAGGGCAGGCGGGUUGAAGGGGAUUGAAGCGGCUUCCUCAUGCAGAUAUGCAACAUAAAAAUGCAGGCGCAGAGCCAGCCAGGGUGGCGGAUGUAGUUGCGGAUUUUAACGGCAUUCAAAUUAACGGUGAAUAUUCGUUAAUGCCGCUAAAACACUUAUAUAGACGUACCUAAGUUGCGUAUAGAAAUGCGAUAUAUUUUUUUUCCUUUUUAAGAAAUCACUCACACAAACCAACCUAUCAUCGAACAGGAUUGGUGUGCAAGUGCUAGGACAUAGAACAUAAAAUAAUAUAUUACUAAAUAAAUUAGUAACACAAAAAACGAAAUCUAUUUAGGUUACUUACCCCCCCCUCCUCCCCCACAUUAGGUAUAUAAGUUUUUUGUCAGUUUGUUGCAUUUGGCAUCUUUCUCGAGUAUGUCAACGAUUCAAUGUGUCCUUUGAUACUAUGGUCACACUGAUUUGAAUAUGACUGAUUGUUUGCAGACAAACUCGUCAGAAUUCAACUCAAAAGCAAUACAAAUUCUAUGCUAAAGAAUAGUGCUGUACUCGCACAAAUGUCUGUGCAAAUAAUUUGUAAUUUGCUCAGCUUAAUGUUAUGGCCAGACAGGCAAAUUAUUUGCACAGAAACAAAUUUUCUCACAAUUUCUCAAGUAGGCCAGGCAAAUCAAUAUAUAGCAAGUUUGAAGAAAAAUUUGCACACAAAGUGUUUGCCAGUGUGACCAUAGCUUAUUACAAAACAGCUGUUACGUAUAUAAACAGAACAAUGUAAUUAUCCUACUCUCAGUUCGUGACAUACUCAAUAACCAGUUGGCAAUCUAAUCCCUACCCCACGCCUCUCCUUACCUUCCUUCCUUCCUUCCUUCCUUCCUUUAUCUAUACACUACUUUUUUUGCUUUAUCAUACAUUACAUUACGAAAUGUAAUAACAUUUAAAUGAGCAAUAAUAAUAUAUGUAUGUGUUUAAUUGUUUAUUUUCGGCUAAAGUUGUUAAUUGAUGGGAACAAUGCACAUUAUUGGCAUGUGUUCUCAAUCAAGAUAAUAUUAUUUCUUGAAAUUAAAUCUAUAUAUACAUGUAUAUUAUUGUACCCAUUUAUAUACAAUUGUUUAUACAUACAUUUACGAAUAAGCAUAAUAUUUUUGCUAAACACUUCAAUGUAUAUACAUAUACAUACACACUUCGAGAUCUGCAAGUAUAUACUAUAUAUACAUACAUAUGUGUACUACAUCUUGUAAUGAGUGUACAUUUUUUACUUCAAAAACAACAAUCAAUCGACAAUAUUUUAAUGCAUUUGCUAAACUAAAACGAAAUAGGAAGGAAAAGAAAAUGAAAGAAGUCAAAAAAAAGAAAGAGACUGAUUCACAAAACAGGUGAACGAAAUGAAAUAUGAGAAAUAUAUGUUGGAGAUAAUACCAAUUACUGAACAGUUUACCAAUUAAAUGAAAUGCCGUGGCAAACGCUUUUAAACUAAACUACCUUCUUUUUUUUUGUUUGUUUAAUUGUAAAUAAAAGAAGAAAAUAUAUAAUUGCUUAUAUUUGUACAAAUCAGUGAGAAACGCAGCCUUUAUUUUUAUGCAUUUAAUGUACGAUGUAAGCCAUGAAAGCGAUUUAAAUAUAUGUUAAACAAUAUCUAUGGUGGAAAUGUAAUGUACAAAGCUAACAAAUUUUGCGGAACUCUGCCUCGCUCUAUACAUUUUUAUAAAUAGAAUUUUAAAAUGAAUUAAUAAUAAAAUGUGAAGUUUAAUUAGAACACCAUGAAA